AUGGUAAAGCUUUCCCAAUCACCAUUUACAUGGAAUGGAGUGAAGUUUGAAUUUAUUAGCGCGUCACCCUCUAUUUUUAUGACAAGUCAGUUCAUUACAUCUUUGAUUGUUCCGUUUCUAUUUUCAAAACAAAAUAUUAUAUUUAUAAAAACCAUAUCUGAAAUAGAUUCUUUAUUGCGUAUUAAUGAAGAGUUUUAUUGUAAAUGUAAACGUAAAAAUAUCAUUAAAAUCUGUAUGCUUGUAGUUUCUUUUAGCUUAAGUUUAACAUACGAACUUUAUGUCAACCAAGAGAUGUCAGUUAUGCUCUUGUGCAUGGCAGUCAUUGCGUUUGGGCAGAAAUUUCAGGUGGUAUUCUUCUCCCUCUACAUUAAUAUGAUAACACAGAGAAUAAAUGUAUUGAAUAAUCAUCUGCGAAAUUUCACCCCCAACGAAAACGGCAUAGUCAUGAAAAAGACUUCACAAAUGUAUUACAUUGGUUGUAAGGUUGAAAGCAUGUCAAUUAAAUCAUUAUCCAUCGCUUUCAGUUUGAUGGGGAAUAUGAUACAAACGACCAACAAAAUUUUCGAAAUUAACAUUUUCCAAACGCUGAUUUCAACAUUUUUUUACAUAAUUAUUGCCAUAUGGACAUAUAUUUAUUACUAUAGAAUAUUAAAGGAUUUGACAUUUUUCGUAAGUAUCCUAUAUUGGUGUACCGGUGAACUAUUUUUUCUCGGCCUUACAUGCUACGUCUGCGAAAAACUUCUUAAUAAACGAAAUGAGACUAAGACUUUUGUCAAUAACAUUGUAAUGAAUUACAACUUCUCACCCAAAACCAGGGGCCAAGCUAAAACAUUACUUGAAGUAGCGAGAGCUUGGAAAUUGAAUGUAGUCGCUUAUGGAAUGUUUGAAAUUAACAUUACGCUCCUACUGAGAUUUGUUGGUGUUGCCACUACUUACUUAAUAUUUCUUUGCCAAGUGUCGCAUUUUGUUUAG